UCGUUUGUUUGCACAAGAUGUGUUGUUCGAUCGACGAAGCGAGCGGUUUUUCUUCGUUGUCGAGAGGAAUCAUAGAUCCCUCUUGGUCCGUGAGUCGACUCGAGAGGCUGUUUAAGGCCACCCUCUGGCUCGGGUAAGUACAGAGGCGGGAGAGAAGACGAAGUGGGUGGUACGGUGUCGGAGGAACGGCCGGGAGAUUAGCGUUAAUUACAGAGUUGAGCCGUUCCGGGGUUGGGACGGGCGCGAGGUAUUUGUCACUCGGCACUGCUCCCGACUCCUGUUCCUCGUUCUGAAUAUUAAUAACCCCGUGCCAUCCUUCGCCAACCCCCUUCGCUCUUCGCCCUUGUUCACCUACCCUCUUCUGCACACCUCUCGUUUUACGACAUCCGAUGAAUUGCACGGCAGACAACGCUACUCAUUAUGCUGACUGCUUGAUUUCAUCACCGUCACCGGUACGAAAAAUUAAUUGUCCCGUGAUCAGCGGGGGAGACAAGGAUCAAUUUGUAGAUUAUGAUCAACGUUUGCAUCCUCGGUGUCAAAAUAGUUACGCAAAUGACGUUUUGUCUCGAACGAUUAGACAUUUUACGAAUCGUUUGACAACCACGCAAAUGAAGCAAGUAUCCAAAGACGUUUCGCUGGUAUUCGAAUUGGAAGUUGUUCUCCCAAGACGAUCUACCGCUAUUCUUCUUCUUCGUACCAUUUUCCAAAAAUUGAAGAACGCUACCUUGGACUAUCUCACCCCUCUACACAAGCAAGGUUUCAACCCCUUCCACGUAUCCUGUCGAUCAAUCGAUAUGUUCUCUCGUCCUUUCUGCGGUUGGUCCCUCGAUGGCGGUCCCAUUCCCGCGCGAAACGUUCAGAUAUUCAAAGUCGAGGAAUAGUUUAUUCAUGGCCGGCUCGGAGAACUUAGAAAGAUAUUGGAAGCGGCCCAGGAGAGGGCGAAAGAUAGGAAAAAGGGACGGAGGAGGUCGACAGAGAGAGAGAAGAACGAUAUUGGUCGGACGGAAGUGUCCCCUCGGGGAAACGAGGAAACGGGAGGAGCAUCGUCUCUCCCCCGAUCCGAUAAAGCGAAAGAGGGACCCCCUUGUGGCACGACCACCACUCCUACGAGUUGACCCACGUGACAGCGAGCCCGCCAAUAAAAUUCAAAUAAACUCCACCGUGCAUACUAAAUUAUCACAUUUUCCAUUACCCGACCGCGUGCCUAUCCCCAAACAGCUUCCGUUUGCUCCAGAGCGAACGUUUCAACGUCCUGUCGAAAUUCCAAUAUUUUUUACUCUUUAUCCCCUGUACCAGCCUGAUGGAACCUUUACCGGUUUUGAAAACGGAAGAGUGACGCUGGAACGAUUUCGAAAUUACAUUACCGAUUCGAUAUCGUUCUUAACAGGACUUUGGUUAAAUUACAAAAUUCCAAUGUCACUUUUACCUUUUUCCUAUCUAAGAUA